AUGUCGUCGAAGGACAAGAAACAGUCGAGGCCGUCGAGCAGUCGAGCCGGUAAAAUCCGAACUCUUUCCGAUCUCAAUCGAAGGUCUGGACCUGACUCCGACAGUGAUUCCGACGGACCUCAAGAGUACUACACCGGCGGCGAGAAAAGUGGUAUGCUCGUUCAAGAUCCUAAGAAGAAAGAUGAUGUUGAUGAGAUAUUCAAUCAAGCAAGACAACUAGGAGCUGUGGAAGGACCUGUUGAGACUCCUUCAAGCUCGAGGACCUUCACUGGAACUGGGAGAUUGCUUUCAGGAGAAAACGUUCCCACUGGUCUUCAACAGCCUGAGCCUGUGGCUCACAACAUCGUCUUCUGGUCCAAUGGAUUCACCAUCGACGAUGGUCCUUUGAGGAAGCUUGAUGAUCCAGAGAACGCAUCGUUUCUCGAGAGCAUUCGAAAGUCUGAGUGCCCGAGAGAGCUUGAGCCUGCAGAUAAAAGAGCUCCUGUUCAUGUUAAUCUGAUGCGAAGGGAAGAGAAUUGCCCAGAACGAGAGAAGAAGCGUAGGGGUUCGUUUCAAGGUGUUGGAAGGACUCUAAGUGCUAACAACGAGAGCAGCGGAAGUAGCUCAACGACGGCGCCUGAUUCCAUCCAAACCGGUUUACCAGCGACUGUACCGGCACCGGCACCGGCACCAUCACCAGCUCUUGUAAUAGACGAAACCGCUCCGACCACAUCGGUCCAGAUUAGACUAGCGGAUGGGACCCGUCUAGUGGCUAAGUUCAAUCACCAUCACACGGUCAGCGACAUCCGCGGUUUCAUCGACUCGUCACGACCUGGAGCUCCGGUUAACUACCAGCUUCAGACAAUGGGGUUCCCACCUAAGCCUUUGACUGAUCUCACUCAGACCAUUGAACAAGCUGGUCUCGCCCACUCUGUCGUACUUCAGAAAUUCUAG